AUGACCAAUUUCUCCUCAUGGCAAGAGGAUCCCUUAAGGCCGGACGAUAUGAUUGCUGGAUUUGUAUUGCUUUUUUUGGGGAUUGUAUUCAUCCUACUCUAUUCUCUGGUCGCUUAUUUUAUGUACAGUCAUGAUAAAGUAAGUUGUUAAUUAUUUAUGCAAAAUACUUGGCAUAUUUCAGGAUAUCGUCGGCUUCAGAUUCCUGUUCAGUGCGUCGAUUGCAGAUAUCCUUUUACUCUUUAAUUACACUAUAUGGCCCGCUUUUACAAUCCUCUUCAAAUCUGAACUGAUUACCACAGAUAUGAGGCACUGGGUGCAGAUGUACCUGGAUUGGGUCUGGUUCUCCAUGUGCUAUCACUACAUGGUGAUCGCCUGGUCUCGAUUUGCGGCCAUCAGAUACCCAUCUUCUUUCCGGAUACAGUCGAGGACCUUCAGUUACACUCUUUGUUUGGCUUGCUAUGUCGCCGCAAUGAUCCAGGUAGUCAUAACUUUCAAUUAGGAUAUAAUUAUAUCAUCAAUACUGCCAAUGUUAUCCUUUCAGGUGUUAUGCACCCACUUUCAAGAAUGGUAUGUGACAUUUUAUUACGAACCCAGUCACUAUGGGAUGCUCUCCGAGGACUUUGAGAAGUAUUUAAAUGAGGGGCAAUCACUUUUCUUCGCCACAUUCCACUUCCUGAUGAUCAUAAUCCCUGCUUUUUUCUAUGGAACAGCCCUCUUUCUACUCUUAAAACAACGAAAAAACGGAUUGAUUGGCCAAACGUUUACCAAGCCAGUCUCAACGCAAUCCCGAACCGAAGCCAGGUGAGUUAGAUACUGCUCAAAUAUUGAGAUACAUUGUUUAGACUCAUCAUCCCUUGUAUUUUCAACUCAAUCGUCUUUAUAAUCGGCCAAAUUGUGAUUACAAUUGGAACUGGAGAAGGGAAAUGGGCAACCUGGACUGUGAUGUUACUCUUCAGCAUGAACUCGGCUGUAAAUCCAGUGCUCUUACUCAUGUUUUCCAACAUAAUAAGGUCCGUUGACUUCUAUAUUAUCCAUAAUAAAAUGCAACAAUAAAAAUGAUUUCAGAGAAAAGUUCAAACAGUUGUUUAUCAAGCAUAAACCCCCCUUAAGCCGACUCUACAGCACCGUUCGAGCCAGAAAAGAAACCUCUUCCACCAGAUGUGUUAUGGAUAAUAUAUCUUCUGGUGAGCCUUCCAAUGAUGACAGGAUCAUAGAUCAUAGUUAUUUGUGA